AUGGCGUCUCGAUCUGCACUAAUUCUACAACUGGCUCUGAAGGAGCAAGUCUGUACAAAAAGUAUACAGGAUAGGGAGGUUUUGAGGUAUUCUGAAGUAGAAGUGCUUCCAUCUGUACCAAUCGACGCUGUUUUUGAAUCACGUAGUGGAGGAAAUAAUACGGAAUUUGAAAUUAUACAGGAUGAGCUGAAUUUGAGGACUGCUGCAAUCGCCGUACCCCCAACUACCGAAACUGAUGUUAUUCAGGACCGUUGCUGUGGACUAAAUACGGAAGAAGCUAUUUUCACAGAUUCCCAGUUGGACGCACCAGUAAUAGAAAAUAUAAUGAACUGUAGUCCUUCACCAACCACCAUGAGUACCGACAAUGACCCUGAACCAUUUGUUCCAUCUGACAGCUCUUAUACUCCUUCCAAUCAAGCUAGUGAAUCUGAUAGCAAACCAGACGAGGUAACAUAUCAACCCUCUAAAAAGCAACGAAAAAGAAAAGCCGACCCUCAACUCUGGAAAAGGUCUGUUGUGAAGACUUUGAGAUUAAGUGGCGAAAAAUAUGUAAAUCGAGCUGGUAAGACAGUACCAGUAAAACUUCCAAAAAUAGUAGACUGUUCUAAAUGUCGCUAUAAAUGCAGCAACUUUCUUUCGCAGGAUGAAUGUCAAAUAUUAUGUAAAGAGUAUUAUCAAUUAGCAGACUACACUAGGCAGAAAAUAUAUUUAAGUUCUUUAAUGGAGAAUGUACCAGUAAGCAGAAAAAAAUGCACUCCACUGACUAAAAACCGUGCCACUUCUAGAAUAUACAAUUUGAAAAACACAAAGGGUGUUAAGCAUAGAGUAUGCCAAAAAUUCUUUUGUGCUACUUUUGCUAUUUCACAUCGAGUAAUAGAGACAAUAAAUAAAUCUAUGAGCAGCACUGGCCUUUUUAUCGGCCAUGAUAAACGGAUAGACUCCAAGCCUCAUAACAUAACUCCCAUUGCAAUUAAGCAGCAAGUAAUGAGUCACAUCGAUUCUUUUCCAAAAAUCGAGUCUCACUAUUGUAGACGAGACUCAAAAAAAGAGUACCUCUCACCAGAACUGAACAUUUCCAUAAUGUAUCGCCUAUAUCAGGAAUAUUGCGAAGAAAAUGAUAUGAGUCCUGUAUCUAGGUUCGUGUAUCAAAGUAUAUUUCAUGAACAUGACCCACCGCUUUCUUUUUAUAAGCCAAAAAAAGACCAAUGUACUGUAUGCAAUGUUUUCAAGGCAUCGCAAAACAAAGAACCUUCACGUGUCAACUUCGAAAACCAUAAACGUCGAGAGAAGGAGUCACUAGAAAUGAAAGAGAAUGAUAAAAAACGUGCAGUUGAAAACAAGGGAAGAGAGUUCAGAGCAAUCUCUUUUGAUUUGCAAGCCAUUUUGCCCAUUCCCUUUGCAGGUGAUAGUCAAGUAUAUUAUAAAUCUCACCUCAAUGUAUACAACUUCACAAUCUAUGAUUGCUCGAACAAGGAUGGUAUUUGUUACGUAUGGGAUGAAACACACGGCAGCAAGGGGAGCUCGGAAAUUGGAACUUGUCUUUAUAAGUAUUUGCAAAGUUUACCUCAAACUGUUGAACACGUAGCUACAUUUUCAGACACCUGUGGUGGUCAAAACCGCAAUAAGUUCGUUAGCGCUGCAAUGCUAUACUCAGUUAAUAAGCUGACUAAUUUGAAAACCAUCGAUCUAAAGUUCAUGGAGUCCGGACAUUCCUAUUUAGAGGCCGACUCCAUGCAUGCCACUAUAGAAAGAGCAAGGAGACAUAAAAAAUUUAUACUACACGUGAAUGGUGUCUACUAA